AAAUAUAAUUAUAAGCAUUUAUAGAAAAAUAUGGCCACCGAAGAGGAACAAACUGCGGUUGUUUUGCCGGUCAAGGAACCAUUAGAUUUGAUUCGUCUCAGCUUGGAUGAAAAGGUUUACGUUAAAAUGCGUAAUGAACGGGAGUUAAGGGGACGACUUCAUGCUUUUGAUCAACAUUUAAAUAUGGUACUCGGAGAUGCAGAAGAAACCGUCACUACUGUAGAAAUCGAUGAAGAAACCUAUGAAGAGGUGUACAAGACCACUAAGAGGACUAUACCUAUGCUGUUUGUUCGAGGCGAUGGUGUUAUUUUAGUUUCACCACCAAUGAGAGUGGGUUAA